GAGGAUGAGACUGUACCAUAUUCCACUGGAUUUGUAGUUCGUCGCUCCGCGAGCUCCCGUUGAGUCCUAGUGUCCCGCCCGCCGCGGGGAACUACAACUCCCAUGAAACCCGCGCAGCGCUUACUGUUCAUAUCAAUAUGGCUUCUGUCAGUCAGACAAAGGCGAAUCGGUUUUUGCCUUGAAAUGAAAUUAAGUUAGAGCAGGGUAGCGGCAGAGUCGGACGUCGUCCAGUUUGGCCGGUUCAUGUCUGCUGACGGGGAUUAAAGAAAGCAGCUCAAACACUGACGGUUCGGUUGAAUAAAUGCUGCGGUGCACGGAGGCCCCGCACGCGCACGAUCAGAAUGUCCCAUUAUACAGAUGAGCCUCGUUUUACCAUUGAGCAGAUCGACUUGCUGCAGCGUCUGCGUAGGAGUGGCAUGACGAAGCAAGAGAUCUUGCAUGCCAUGGACACUCUCGACCGGCUGGACCGCGAGCACGUCGAGAAGUUCGGCCAUCGGCACGCACACGGCGGAAACGGGGCGGGGGGCGUCGCCGGUAAUGCCAGCAACUCCACCACCUCUUCCAACUCCUGCACUACCUCCUCUAACAACCUCACAGCCUCUACGUCGAGAACCUCUACGGCCACGCAGACUAGUUACCGUGGCAACAGCCUCUCCCCGUCCCAUAGCAACAGUUACGAUACCUCCCCGCCUCCCGCGGCCCCCACCCCCAUGCCUGUAGUGGUGCCCACGAUCCAAAACGGGCGGGACGUCCUCGCUGCCAUGCCCAAUGGGAAGCUCUCUCCACCCCGUUUUGUAGUAAGUAACGCCUCGGCACGGGCCUUCGGGUUCGAGCUCCCUGAUGAGGAAGUGGACGUCGAUGACAAAGUCGAGGAGCUCAUGAGAAUGGACAGCGCUAUAAUUAAAGAAGAAAUUAAAGCUUUCUUGGGGACCCGGCGAAUAUCACAGGCUGUCGUUGCCCAAGUUACAGGUAUCAGUCAAAGCCGAAUCUCUCAUUGGCUACUUCAGCAGGGUUCAGACCUCAGUGAACAGAAGAAAAGAGCUUUCUACCGCUGGUAUCAACUGGAGAAAACUACACCCGGUGCGACGCUAGCGAUGCGGCCCAACCCCAUGGCACUGGAGGACAUAGUGGAGUGGCGCCAAACUCCUCCUCCCAUCAGCAGCACGCCGGGCAGCUUUCGCCUGCGGCGCGGCAGCCGCUUCACCUGGAGGAAAGAAUGUCUGGCGGUGAUGGAGAGUUAUUUCAAUGACAACCAGUAUCCCGAUGAAGCCAAACGAGAGGAAAUUGCCAACGCCUGCAAUGCAGUAAUACAAAAACCAGGGAAAAAGCUUUCAGAUCUCGAGCGCGUCACAUCGCUGAAAGUUUACAACUGGUUUGCCAACAGACGGAAGGAAAUCAAGAGGAGAGCCAACAUAGAAGCAGCAAUCCUGGAAAGUCAUGGGAUUGAUGUCCAGAGCCCGGGCGGUCAUUCCAACAGCGAUGAGAUUGAUGGAAAUGACUACGGUGAGCAGGUACCUGCUGACCAGGUUCUGGGAAUGAGAGCAGUGGUUCCUGCAGAGGUGACCUGUCAUCACCCACUCAGGAUGAUGCCACCGGACCAAGUGAACACCAGGACCCUAUAGCUUUGGCUGUGGAGAUGGCGGCCGUCAAUCACAGCAUCCUGGCGCUGGCGAGGCAGGGCGGAGCCACCGCUGGCAUCAAAACAGAGGUGCUGGAUGAUGAUUAAGUAUCUUCCCUCGACGUGUCCGUCACGGGUGGCGCGCAGAGGGACGGCGAAGGAGAAAUGUGGGGUUAUUAUAAAAGCCGCACGUGAACCGUUUGCACGUGAACUGAGGAAUGUGGCCGGGUCACGAAUGACCAAAGCAGAGGUUCUGAAGACUGUUAACCCAACAUUCCCCUCUUCCAGCUCCCUCAUACAUGUGACACCUCAAUAAUCUUUUCAUUAUAACAGCUCUCCUAACUACAGCAGGUUCACUAAAAACAUAUCAGCCGUCAUUUCACACUCAGAUAAUGAAUUUAGCCUCUUUUUCGUCUUUCAGGAAGUCUUCUUUGCAGGAUAUAAGAGGUCAGGAUCGUAUUAACCGUUUACUGUCCUUUCUCUCUCUCUCUCCAGGGAAAGUGUGAUGGGAAGCAUAUUCUCUCUCACUUGUUAACUUAUUUCGUUGUGAUGUACAGUACAGUGAAUGCAGGACUGCAUUUGCUGGAAUUCAUUUCAAGUAGCAGGGUCCAAAAUUAACAUGUCGUCAAUUUGCUGUUGGGAUUAAAUAGAGUUAAUGGCCAGUUGGCAGGUAACUUGAUUAGAAGCUGUGAUAUGAUAGAUCAAGGGUCUUCGACAGGGGUCCGUGGUGGUAUUUACGGGGGUUCCUCCAAAUAUAGUUUGAAUUCAAAUUUUUUGUAAAAAUUUAAUUGGGUAUCAAGCAAAAAUGCAUUAAUAGACUAUACCACAAAAUGUUUAGCCUGACCCUCACUCAUGUACAGUAUGUGAUUUUAAUAGUUGCACCAGGGCGAUACAGUUAGACAUUAAAGGAAAACACCACCGUUUUUCAAUAUUUUACUAUGUUCUUACCUCAA